CUUGCAACCACUUUGAGUGCUUGAUAGUUCGCUGCUCAGUCUAGAUUGUCGCGCAUAGGAGUGCCCAUCCCCAGCGCUCAAUUCAGCGACACAACCGCGACCCACAUUAGUAGCUCUUCCUUAACUCUACUUAUUGUUGGUACUGAGCAGCAUUUAGUAUUAGCUUUGACAUCUACAUCAUCUGGGUCGUUAAUUUACGGACGGGCUAUCAGCAUCGCCCGACCGCUUGGACUUCCAGGGCCGGUUUCUUCGGCUUGUCCCCUUCACGCUCGCCUGGGCGUCCAAUUAGAGUAUAUUAUUAACUAGAGUGAUGGGGUCACCAAUGACGCCUCGGCCUCUACUUUUAGCGCUCCUGGUGGGCGCAUGCAUGCUUGCAUGUGGCGCUGCGCUACCGAGCCAGAACGCAAACGGGAAUCGGAGGCUUAGCCAAUGGAUUGAAUUCUACGAUCCACCACGAAUGUCACCAAGGCCCUCGCCUUCGCCCAAGCCGUCUCCCUCGCCCUCGCCCUCGCCCUCGCCUUCGCCCAAGCCCUCUCCUUCCCCUUCGCCCAAGCCUUCUCCUUCCCCUUCGCCCAAGCCCUCGCCUUCUCCCUCCCCCUCCCCCUCGCCAUCUCCGUCUCCCUCUCCUUCCCCCUCGCCAUCUCCUUCGCCCAAGCCCUCACCUUCCCCCUCGCCAUCUCCUUCGCCCAAGCCCACUCGUGUGCGCCCUGCGCGCUCGCCUCCCCCUCUGGCGGCCUCCCCCAAGCCCUCGCCCUCGCCUUCUCCGUCUCCUUCUCCGUCUCCUUCUCCCUCGCCAUCGCCCUCUCCCAAGGCAACCCCUUCGCCUGCCGUCACGCCCCGCAGUGACAAGCCCAACUUUAUCGUCAUUAUUACUGACGACCAAGACGAUAUCCUGAACUCCACACACCCCUACUACAUGCCCGCGCUCAACCGCCACCUGGCGGCGGGCGGCACGCGUCUCUCCAACUUCCUUGUCUCCACGGGCGUUUGCUGCCCCGCCCGCGUGUCCGCCCUGUCGGGCCGCUACGCGCACUGCCACAACGUCACAGGGAACUGGUACCCCUCGGGCGCCUUCCGUAAGUUCUACGAGCGCAAGGUGGAGGACAACUGGCUGCCCGGCUGGCUGCAGGCGGCGGGCUAUGACACAUACCUGGUCGGCAAGUUCCUGAACGCCUACAUGACCACUGCGGCCUUCAUGGGCGCUGACAGCGGCGACUACUACCCCCGCGGCUGGACCAUCUUUGACGCGCUAACCCAGGGCACGUACGCGUAUUGGAACAGCUGCUUCGCAUACAACGGCGGCUCCGACAAGUGCUUCCCCAAGCAGUACCAGACUGACAUCAUCCGCGACAAGGCGCUGUCGUACCUGCGUACGGCAACCGCCAAGAAGGAUACACCCUUCUUCAUGUACAUCGCUCCGCCGGCCCCGCACGUGGAGCUGACAAACAACGGUUGGCAGCCGCCCUCGCCCGCCGCCCGCCACGCGAACCUGUACGCCAACGACAAGAUCCGCAUGCCCAAGGGCGCCAACUUCGGCGUUCCAAACCCCAACAUCCCCAUGGAGGUCGACGACAUGACGCCCGACUUCGUGGCGCAGCUGGAGUUCCACUACCUGCAGCGCCUGCGCUCGCUGCGUGCUGUGGAUGAGAUGCUAGACGCCGUGGUGAACCAGCUGUCCGCCUCUGGGCAGCUGGACAACACCUACGUGCUGUACACCAGCGACAACGGACUGCACCUGGGCCAGUUCAGCCUGGGAGACGGAAAGGCCACCGCGGUGGAGGAGGACUCGCGCGUGCCCUUCUACAUCCGCGGCCCCGGCAUCCCGGCGGGCCAGGUGAUCCCCACGCAGACCAACCUAAUCGACAUGGCGCCCACGCUGCUGUCGCUUGCCGGCCUGCCGGUCACGAACGACGUGGACGGCAUCCCCUUCCCCGUGGGCAACUCGCUCAUCACCGCGCACGUGAACGCGCUGGUGGAUGCCUCCUCCGCCCCCGACGUGCAGCCCACUCCUCAGAUGUAUGCAAGCCUGCGCCGCGAUUCCAACGUCAUUGAGGCCUGGGACAGCGACGGCAACGCCGCUACCACCGACGUCGUGUACAAGACCAUUCGCGUGUGCACCGACUUCAAAAUCUUUGGGGACAGCGGCGUCAGCAACAGCCCCGCACGCUACGUGGACGCACCUGGCACGGCCUGCUACAAGUACAACAACUGGUGCCUCGGCGGCCGGGAGUUCUUCGAUCUGUCCACCGACGCCUACGAGGUGAACAACCGUAUCGACGAUGUGCCUCAGCGCGUCAUGGACCGCAUCGACGGCAUCAUGUCAGCCUUGGCCCACUGCAAGGGCGCCACUUGCCGAAACCCCUACUCCAUCUUGCACCCCGGCGGCGAGGUGUUUACCUUCUCAGAUGCCAUGGACGCGCAAUUCGAUGGCAUGUACUCCAAGCUCGUCAAAUUCCAGUUCGUGCGCUGCCGCGCUUUGUACGCGACCAGCAACGAGCCCACGUGGACGCUGGGCUUCGGCCCGCAGCCUGUCGAUCGCGGCACGGACGCGGUGGUGAUUGCGCCCACAAGGUCUGCGCGGGGCCUGCGCGGCGGCGCAACCGGCCGCGCGUAAGCGCCGGCGGCCGCGGUGGCAGCUGGCCCUUCGGGCUAGCUGCUGCCUCUGUUGCCGCCGCCGCUGCAGCCUGGCGGCGGCCUUGGGUCGGUGGCAGCGGCGGCGGCUUGGUUCAAAGUCACAGCCGCCAGAUCGCCAUGAUGAUGAAGAACAUAAAUGGAACGCUCGGCGGCUCGGCUUCCCUAACUUAUCAGCGGCGGCGCAACACGCAGCAGGCAUUGGAUGACGGACGCUAUGCAACAACCACAGCAGCAGCAAUUGCAGCAGAGUGGUUAGUGUGAACACUAGCAGCAGUCUACUACGCUACAAGCCCUUGCGGCGCGUGCGGCGCUGUUGUCGUGAACCGCCGCCGCCGCUGGGAGUUUUGGAGUGCCUCAGCGCGGUCGAUGCCGCUUGAGGGAUGGAUGUUAUUUAAGUGUAUGGCGGGAUGCGUACUUAACGUAAGUGGAGUUCGAAAGAUCCAUGACGCAACGGAAAGGGGCGUGCGUGCACGCGCGCGUUGGACAAGUUGGCAUGCAAUCACGCAUGCAAUCAUCCUAGGGAUACUGCCAACAAGUUGCGGGUUGUUUAUUGCGGGUGGGCACAAUUGAUGUCAAUGAAGUCUGUUGUUGCACGUGUGUGUGUAACUGACAUGCACACUAGAUUAGCUUAGGGCACGGGCAUUACCUUGAUGAUUAGCAUUGCACGUCAAGCAAGCUGUCGAAUGCCAACGAACAACUUAGGUGCCCGCGGGCACUAGCAACCUUUAGCAUCAUGUGUUAGUGUGCGUGUGUACUGUUGCAUUCUUUUUGCUGCGGAUACUCGCGGCCACUAGUUCACACAAUCUGUACAACCUAGCCCCCUCGCUUGAUGCAAUGGGGGAGUAAGCACUAGGACGCCUAGGAGGGGUUAAAACGGAGUGAGCGAGUGGAUGACUUGACGGUGAGAGUGCACUCGUGUGUGGGCCAGCAGUGCCUCACACAGAAGAACAAUGAAGUUCAUCAAGCAUGAAUGCGCACAGGCGGGGAGUUGGAGGCCCAUCGGACCUCGAGUUGUAACGCUUUUCAGUU